UGUAACUCCUCGCGCCGAGUCCAGGAACCGGCCCACAUCUCCGAGCUGUCGAGCAGAGCGCGAGCUCCGAGAGUUGGCAGUCCGCACUCAGCUCGUGAGGAAGAAGAGAAUAAGAUCUCACAGAGAGAGAAUAAACACCACUGAUGUCUUUCCUUAGACUGUUAAAACUGAGCUUAAGUAAGUGAGUAAAGGGAAAAAAAAAGAGAGAGAAAAGACAAGACUGGCGGGGUUUCUUUUCCUUUCACCUUCUUCUUGGGACCAGUGAUGGAAGAACUCACCGCUUUCGUGUCCAAGUCCUUUGAUCAGAAAGUGAAGGAGAAGAAGGAGGCGAUCACGUACCGGGAAGUGCUGGAGACGGGCUCGGCGCGCGCCAGGGAAGCGCUCCAGGUUGAAGUCGGACGCGAGGACGUGAGUAGCGUUCUAGCGCGAGGAGCGGUCGCGCGCUCACCGAUCAGAGAAGCAGACAUGACGGGACCGGAGAGAACGAGGGACACGGGGAGUCCCAAACUUACAGACGGCAUCCUGGAGGUGAAGGAACGGAAAGAGGACGCCAAGCCGACCGAGGAUGAGACGCAGACCAAAAUCAAGCAGAGGAGAAGUCGGACUAACUUUACUCUGGAGCAGCUGAACGAGUUGGAGCGGCUGUUCGACGAGACGCAUUAUCCGGACGCGUUCAUGCGCGAGGAGCUGAGUCAGCGGCUCGGGCUCUCCGAGGCGCGCGUGCAGGUUUGGUUUCAAAACAGGAGAGCAAAAUGCAGAAAACAAGAAAACCAGUUGCACAAAGGGGUGCUCAUCGGAGCUGCGAGUCAGUUUGAAGCGUGCCGCGUUGCGCCAUAUGUCAACGUGGGAGCUUUGCGCAUGCCAUUCCAACAGGAUAGUCAUUGCAACGUGCCACCCUUCUCCUUUCAGGUGCAGGCGCAGCUGCAGCUGGACAGCGCCGUGGCGCACGCGCACCAUCACCUGCACUCUCACCUGGCGGCGCACGCGCCCUACAUGAUGUUCCCCGCGCCGCCGUUCGGUCUGCCCCUGGCCACGCUGGCGGCCGAGUCAGCGUCGGCGGCGUCGGUGGUGGCCGCGGCGGCCGCCGCCAAGAACAGCAACAAGAACUCGAGCAUCGCGGACCUGAGACUGAAGGCCAAAAAGCACGCGGCGGCGCUCGGACUGUGACACGCCGGCGCGCGCGCAAAGCCGCCAACGCUCCCACCACCAUCACCACCACCACCGCCACACUUCACCUCCUAACCCGAGGACUUUCUUUCCCUUUUUCCUCUCUUUUUUAUUUUUUAUUUAUACACUAAUGAAGGACGCCCCAGAAUCUAAAAAGGCUUAUUUAUAACACGAACUGUGAAACCGAACUGAACCCUGUCCCGGACGCAGGCUUGCAAUCUGGACGAACCGGAAGUUUGUCCAAGACAAAAACCUGGUUCCGAACACGUGACAACGCAGCUGGGACUUCUUGACGCUUGUGUGACACAAUUUCUGCAUAGACUGCGUUCCAGUUUAAUAUCUACUUUAUUAGUUAUAUUUGAGGAGGAAAACAAAAUAGAUAACAAAAAAAAGAGGCUGGCCUCGUUUUAUCUGAAACAGAGUUUCACGUGAAAAAGGACACUUAUGGAUGUCUGUUCGUAUGGACUAUAAAAUGAACAACAACAAAAACAAAAUCACAUGAAAGCUUUUUUUUUUUUUUUUUUUUAAUAACGUGCCAUCACGUGAGCUCUUGGUGAACUCACAUCAGAGAAGCCACGUGAAAACAGUUGGACACUUGGACACCUUUAACGAUCACGUGAACGAUUUUUUUUGGGGGGGUGGGGUCUCAAGCCAGUGGACUUUUAUUUGGGAAAAAACAAUUUAAAAUAAAGAGAAAAAACUAUCACACAUUUAAUACACAUUUUACAUAUUAUUAUUAUUAUUAUUAUUAUUAUUAUUAUUAUUAUUAUUGAGUGUAUGGUGAAUUUAUCACAUAUCAGGAUUCACAUAUCACCUUCUUUUUUUAUUUUUAUUUUUUUUAUUUUGCAGCUUACACUGAGGUCCAAGUAUUAAUGUACAGAUUCAGAUCUUAUACUGGAAACAUGUGUACAAUAUGUCCAAAUGAAAAGAUAUUUUUGGUUAUUUUGUGCUUCAUGAAGACAUCGUGGGAAAACGUCUGAGUUUUUUUUCCCAUUCACAUCGUGUUUUAAAGUCAUGUUGAUCUCUAUGUAAUGUUGGUGUUUUUUUUUUUUUUUUGAAUUUUUUUUUAUAAAGUGUACCUGGACUGCAGGCUCGGAUCUCCUGGAAUAUCCCUGAAAUACCUUUGAACAUUUUUUAAAACAAACAAACAACGAACAAAAAAAGAUAAUUUCAUCAUUACUGUGAAACGUGAACUCACCUGACC